AUGACUUUUUCCAAGUUUGCUGACAACUUAUUCCGCAGACCUUUCAAUAGGACAAUGAUGUUACUCAGCAAAACUACAGCAUCCGUGUUGCACGUAACACACCCACUUAUGAUCCGACUUGUUGAGUCUGUUGUAAGCAGUUGCUGUGAGAUCGGCGCACGCUUCAUGGAACCAACCUUUGCAGUUAUCGCACGGCAUGCCAGAUCAUUAAACCUGCUACUCAAAGUUAUUUUCGCUCCAAUUACAUGCAGCUUUCUCCGUUUUCAAUCAAGUAAGCCAAAUUUCUUUUCAUUGUGUAGCAAUUUCUUUGUAAUUUUGCGACAGAUAACAUCAACUUCAGCUCAUAACAACAGUAACGCGUUUACAAAUUUCAUUCACUCGAGAUAUCAUGAGGUCAAGUCCGCAAAACCGGAGCUAUCAAAUUAUGAUGUGAUCAGAAAGUUAGCACAGUUGUACAAAUCACUUCCAGUCGAAGAGGUAGAAAAGUUAAAAUUAGAAGCGAAAGAACAUCAAUCUCAUGUCAAAAAAGCGACCAAGUUUGCUUAUCGUAAUGGAAUGCCAAAAAGUCCACCAAACUCUGGACUCAAAGUUUUUAUGAGAGAAAAACUAAAGGAUUCUAAGGGUACACCAGUGUCUCAAAUGCGAAAUGACUUUAAAGAUACUGUAAAACAAUGGAUGUCGCUGCCUGAAUCUGAUCAACUGGAGUAUAAUAACAUAGCAAAAGAUCUAAAAAAUGAUUAUGAAACUAAACUUAAAGAAUGGGCUACAAAAAAUAAUAUUCAAUAUACAAAACGUAUAUCAAUACUGGCUGAUAGAUUCUAUAGAGCAUAUUACCCAAAAUAA